GGCGAGCGUCUGAGGAUCCCUGCCAACAAGUGCUGUCCGGAGUGCGUCUCCUCGUCCGAGGGCUCCUGCCAGUACGAAGGAGUUGUUUAUGGACACGACAGCCAAUGGAGUCCGUCUCCCUGCUCGCGGUGCGUCUGCUCCAGGGGGGCCGUCUCCUGCGGCGCUCGGCCCUGCCCCCCCCUCAGCUGUCCCGGGGACCAGAGCCCCUUUGUCCCGGCUGGAGAGUGCUGCCCCAAGUGUGUCCGCAAGGGAGCGUCCUGCCCCUGGCAGGGGGCGGAGUACAGAGACGGCGAGGAAUGGGCGCCGACCCUCUGCUCCAGGUGUGCGUGUGGCGGCGGGGAGGUCCGGUGCUCCGUGGCCGAGUGCCGGCCGGUGGCCUGCAAACCGCAUGAGAACUUGGUGAUCCAGCCGGGCCGCUGCUGUCCGCAGUGUGUGUCCAACCCGUGUCUGUCUGCUGGUACACAGCACCAGCAUGGCGAGCAGUGGCAGAAGAACGCCUGCACCACCUGUGUGUGUGACAGGGGUCAGUCCAAAUGCCACACACACACCUGUCAGCCCGUCACCUGCGACGAGGGUCAGACCAAAGUGAGACGGGCUGGUCAGUGCUGCGACGGAUGCGCCGCCGUUGAGGGGAGCUGCCCGUACGAGGGCGUGGUGCGUUACCACGGAGACAUGUGGAACGCCACGGGCUGCGAGUUCGUGCGCCUGCGUCCGAGGUCAGGUGGUCUGCCAGACGGCCGAGUGCGGGCGCGUGGAAUGUCCACAGGGAUCUGAGCUGGUUCACCUGCCGGGGAGGUGCUGCCCGCAGUGUUCCUCCCAGAAGCCUUCCUGUUUGCACGAGGGGGAAUCCUACGAGGACCUGGCCCGGUGGACGGACGGCGGAUGCCGGGAGUGCGAAUGCCGCGGCGCCCGGGUGACUUGCUACCUGCGCUCCUGCCCCACCUGCCCCCCCGGCACCCUGCAGGUCAGCCGGGCGGGCCGGUGCUGCCCCGAGUGCCACCCGGGUACGUCGCCCCCGCAAAGGAUUCUGGGAGAACGCAUUACCUAACUUAACACGACAGCCCAGUAUACAGGCCUAGGAAGAAGGCGAGCGUCGUACUUUCUGUGUACUUUUCCUCCUCUGCUUUCACUUUUCACGGGUUGGUGUUAGCUCGCUAAGCUAGCCACCGUGUUCACAAGGUUAUAAACCACCACAGACGAAUAAUCUCCGCUUUCACACCGCGGGGGAUAAUUAAAAGAGUUCCAGGCUUUAUGUCAUCAAACCUCAGCGUGAACAUGGACCAGCUUCAUUAAAAAGCCAGCAGGGUUUAUACGACUACA